UUUACAACUUAGGUUGACUUCAACUCUGAUAUCUUAAGAACCAGGAACCAUGGAGGCCGUUUUGCUAUCUGCACUUUGUGUUUCUUUAUGCUGCUUUGCAGAAUCCAAAGUAUUAUAUAAAUCAGACACAGAUUUCAGGAUGGACCCAGAGGAUUGUUCCACGUUUUACAUUCUUAGAGAUGGGAAAGAAUUUUCGUUCAAGUGCCCGGAUGACUUUGUAGUAAAUGCAGCUUCCCGAUCGUGUGUUCCUAAAGGAUCACCUCUAGACACAUGCAUACAAAUACUCCAGUCUACUGAAGGAAACUGCACAUUUCCAUCAGACAAAAAGUUAGAAUAUGCUGAAAACUGUGCCAGAUAUUACGACUGUGAAAACAAAAUCCUUGAAGGAAAUCCAAAGCUAACGGAAUGUCCAUUUCCACUAUUGUUUGAUGUCGAAUCCCAGAGAUGUGAUCAUUUCAGCAUGGUGCAAUGUGGAACUCGAUAUGAACCAAAAGAUGCCUGUGACUAUGAAGACAACCACUGUAGAUCUGCUCACUGUAUUCCAUGUCACGUCCGCUUCCCGAGCUGUAAAGGAUCACCAGACGGUCUUAACCCCUGGAGAGGUCGAGAAAGAUCACCGUAUUUCGUCGUCUGUCAGGAUGAGAGAGUGGUAUUCCAAGGAAGAUGUCCAUCUGCAGUGGACGACAAACCAAGAAUAUUCCAUCCUGUACACAAUAUGUGUGUUGAACAUGAAGAAGAUGACUAACAUUUCGAAUGUCUUUCUAGUUUUACAUGAAAUCGAAUUAUCCUUCUACUUAUGUUUUUAUGUCAUGCCUGUAUUUAUUUGUUUUAUUUAUUUAUUCGUUUAUUCCAUAUGCUAUACAUACUU